AUGUUGGAGCAGUGGAACUCCAACCGAAGAAUGGCACCGCUUGCCCAGAUGCUCUUUGCGAUUCUCCUGCUCUCCGUUCCAGCCACCAAGCUCUCCUCCUUGGAAGGAAUGAAUGCCACAUGUGGCAACGUCCUGUCCUAUGCCCAACGGCACAUGGCGCGCAUCGAGUCGCUGUUGCAGAAGACGUUCCUCUUCGACCUCAUCCUUCAGGAUAGCAGUGGCCUGGCGAUUCAGGAAGGCAAGGAGGCGCCGGAGAAUGGGGAUGAUGAGCCCCUGGACACCUCCGCGGAGGCCGCCCUGAAGCGCACGAUGGACGUUCUUCUGGGAGACACGGACGAGGCCAACGACCUCGAAAUGGAGGAGGCUGAGGAAGAGCCGGAAGAAGAGCCGGAGGAUGAUGUGAUCGAGGAAGAUGAUCCUGCAGAGGAGGAGCCCGCAACCCCUUCGGCGCGGAAGAAGAGGAAGACCGCGUGA